AUGCCCAAUGCAUCCCCCGAACGCGGUCUCACGUGCUGGCUCCUCGACACCCGCCCCCUCUGGCCAGGCACCAAGAUCGCAGAAGCAGUGCGUCCCGCCCCCGAAGCACUCUCCCUCAUCAGCCCCUCAGAAAGACAAACAUGCCUCCGAAAAUACCACAUCGCCGACGCAAAAAUGAGCCUCGCCUCCGCCCUCCUCAAACGGCUCUUCAUCCACCUUACCCUCUCCAUCCCCUGGUCCUCCAUAACCCUCGGCCGCAAGCGCGACCCCACACACGGCAAGCCCUGCGCCCUCAUCGCGUCCGGCACCUCCUCUGCCCCCGCCCCCGUCGAAUUCAACGUCUCGCACCAAGCCGGCCUCGUCGUGCUAGUCGGCUGCCGCACAGACAUCCUCGACGUCGAUCUCGGGGUUGACAUCGUAUGCGUGAACGAGCGGGGCGGGGAUCUGAGCAUGAUCGACGCCGAGGGCUGGGAGGCAUGGGUGAAUAUGUACGCGGAGCUCUUCUCACCCGAGGAAAGCUUCGACAUGAAAUUCAACUGCGACGCCUUCCCCCUCAACGACGGCACACUCAUAACCCCCGAUAUCCUAGGCCGCCACGACCGCGUGUGCGCCCGCGGUGAGGCGCUGAGCGUCACGCUACCUAACGGGCAGACACGCACAUUCGACUCCGACCUCGUCAUCGACGCUAAACUGCGCCGUUUCUACGUCUUCUGGGCGUACAAGGAAGCGUAUAUUAAGCUUGACGGCGAGGCUCUGCUGGCGAAUUGGAUCCCCCAGCUGGAAUUCAAGGGUGUGCGGGCGCCGCGGCCGGGGACUCCGGCUAGAUGUAGUACGCAUGGGGUGUGGGGCGAGCGCGUGGGCGAUACGGCGGUGUGGUUUAGACAUGAGUUGUUGCCUGAUACGAGGAUGGAGGUUUGUGCGUUUGAGGAGAACUAUAUGAUUGGGGUUGCGGCGAAGGAUCGUGGGUGGUUGGGGGGGGUGGGGAGGGAGGGGGGGUUGCCGGAGGUGUUGACGGGGUUUGUGGGACUGCAUCUUGAGAGCGAUGUUUUGGAGGUUGCGAGAAGGGGUGGGUAG